GGUCAUUAGAUCACAGUCGAACUGAAAUGAGUGACGUACUUCCUUUUUGAACGAAGCAAUGGCGUCGAGCGCAGAGGUUGCUGCUCCCAGCAAUGAAGAGGAAACCACAGAAACUCCAGCAGCACAGAAGAGAGAAGAAAGACUCCGAAAGUUCAGAGAGCUGCAUUUCAAGAGGAAUGAGGCCCGUAAGCUGAAUCAUCAGGAAGUGGUGGAGGAGGACAAGAGGCUGAAGCUGCCAACAAACUGGGAGGCCAAAAAAGCCCGUCUGGAGUACGAACUCAUGAAGGACCAAAAGAAGAAGGAGUGUGCGGAGCGCGGUGAGGACUACGACCGCGUGAAGCUCCUGGAGAUCAGCGCCGAAGAUGCAGAGAGAUGGGAGAGAAAGAAAAAGAAGAAAAACCCAGAUCCAGGAUUCUCAGGCUAUGCUGAGGCCCAGUUGAGACAGUACCAGAGACUGACGAAGCAGAUCAAGCCGGAUAUGGAUAACUAUGAGAAACAGAGAGAAGAGUGUGGAGAAGAUUUUCAUCCCACCUCCAACAGUCUGAUUCACGGCACUCACAUCCCGUCUAAAGAGAGCAUCGACCGCAUGGUGGACGACGUUGAGAAACAGAUUGAAAAGCGCUCGAAAUACAGUCGCCGCAGGGCCUAUAAUGACGAUGCUGACAUCGAUUAUAUCAACGAGAGAAACGCUAAAUUCAACAAGAAGGCUGAACGUUUCUACGGCAAAUACACCGCAGAGAUCAAACAGAACCUGGAGAGAGGAACAGCCGUGUAACUAUGGAGACUGUUACUAUGGAUUCAAAAUAUCUGCCAAGCAACCAGAAAUUAUGUACAAAUAUUUUUAAGCAUCGCACCUUUGAGGUGGUUCUUCUCUAUGGUGGUCUUGUGAAUUACUAUAAUUAUUAUUAUUAUAAUUUUUUUUUUUUUUAAACAAGUUUAAUCUUUUUUUCCCUGCCUCCUUAUUAUCUUAGCAAGUUUUACUUAUGGCAAAAAAUAUUUGCCUGUAGUAUCAGUGUUUUGCCUUGGUGUAAAUUCAUUUAGUUCCACAGCAGUUCUAAUCUACUUCAAUAAAAAAAAUCUUAUGAAA